GCAUACACUGACGCACAGACUGUCACGUGAAUUGCAAUGGUGGAGAAGAUCUAGUAGAGGCUAGUUGAAGGUUUUUCUCGCCUGCCCGUGGUCGCCUGUCGCUGAACUCCGAAGAGAACUCCGCGAGUGCGUCGUCACAAGUUCCUUUGGAUAUAUCGGGAAUCCGUGUCUGGAAGACCGGUGUGAGUGCGCUAGGAAGAUAAUCCCGCUGGAAUCGAGAACAAGGCAACUGUAGCACGAUCCCUUGACACAGUUCCACCGUAGAACCCAACAGACCAGCAAUGUCCGAAUACUGGCUAAUAUCCGCCCCGGGUGACAAGACCUGUCAGCAAACCUGGGAAACGAUGAACAACUUAACCAGCAAGCAGAACAACCUCUGCGAGAACUUUAAGUUCCACAUUCCGGAUUUGAAGGUUGGUACCCUGGACCAGCUUGUCGGUUUGUCCGAUGAUUUGGGCAAGCUUGAUGCUUACGUGGAGCAGUCGACACGCAAGAUUGCCGCCUACCUAGGGGACGUUCUCGAGGAUCAGCGGGAUAAGCUGUAUGAAAAUCUGCAGGCCAACAACAAUGACCUGACCACUUACAUCACCCGUUUCCAGUGGGAUCUGGCCAAAUAUCCAACGAAGCAAUCACUCCGGAACAUUGCCGACAUUAUCUCGAAACAGGUUGGCCAGAUCGAUGCGGAUCUCAAGACCAAGUCGGCUGCCUACAACAAUCUGAAGGGCAAUCUGCAGAAUCUGGAAAAGAAACAGACUGGAAGCUUGUUGACUCGUAAUUUAGCGGACCUGGUCAAGCGUGAGCACUUCAUCCUAGAUUCCGAAUACUUGACCACAUUGCUAGUGAUCGUGCCCAAGCAAAUGGUCAAUGACUGGAACACGAACUACGAGAAGAUCACCGAUAUGAUCGUGCCCCGUUCAUCGCAAUUGAUCACCCAGGACAAUGACUACGCACUGUGCACGGUGACGCUAUUCAAGAAGGUCGUGGACGAGUUCAAACUGCAUGCCCGUGAGCGCAAGUUUGUGGUGCGUGAGUUCACCUACAACGAGGAAGAAUUGGCUGCCGGUAAAAACGAAAUCACCAAAUUGGUGACGGACAAGAAAAAGCAAUUUGGUCCCCUCGUAAGAUGGCUGAAGGUUAACUUUAGCGAGUGCUUCUGUGCAUGGAUCCACGUGAAAGCCCUUCGUGUGUUCGUAGAGUCCGUUCUAAGAUACGGUUUGCCAGUUAAUUUCCAAGCCAUUCUCAUUCACCCCAACAAAAAGAAUACCAAACGCUUGAGGGACAUUCUUAUGCAGCUGUAUGGACAUUUGGAUGGUUCGGCGGCGUCGUCUGGAGGAAAUGCGGAUAACGUCGAUAUCCCCGGCCUUGGUUUUGGACAAUCGGAGUACUUUCCGUACGUGUACUACAAACUGAAUAUUGACAUGGUCGAGAGUAAGGUCUAAGACGCUUCCGUGCCUACGCAUCCCGUUCCAGUUCAGCCUCAGCCAGCAAAUCCAGGAAGCAUGUGCAAGAAACAACCGCAGAGGAUAAGUCCGCCAUCUCGUUGUCAUCGUCAUCAUCAAUCUUAUCCUUAUAAUGCUUUCCCCGUCCCACGUUCUGCUCCUUGAAAGACCUACGACGUUCAGAUGCGAAAUACAUAAGAAACCCAGGUGGUGCCCCGGAGGAUAUUCAAACCGGACUUAAUGAUGGUGUAAAAUCAAUCCUUUAAAUCAAAAUUCCCAACUAUUGACUACUUCCUGUCACUAUGUUUAACUGUUGAUUAUUUUAUCUAAUUUUGAUUCUAAGUUAAGUAGGUUGUAUCGAUUAUAGAAUAACUUUAAUUUUUGUUAAGAAAUAAUAUUGAUAAUUACUGAUUUAUUUUUCGUCUGGCAAGAAAGCGAGAAAAGUGUUUUACAAAAAUAAAUGACAUUUUUUCGUUCGAGUAAAUAAAUGCUGAAUCGAAAUGUUAAUGAAGCACAACUCUUCUGGGGGGAAAUGAAAAAUGAAAAUACAAAAGUUUACAACAUAAAUAAAAGCAUGGAUUUUGUUAUGUUCCUUGUUGGUCGGCUUGUGCAAACAUCUCACAUAAUUAUCGGGUUCAGGGCGAUAGCUUUUAUUCAAUCAAAACAAGUAUUACCCAUCGAUCGUCACCAUGCUGAAUGGUGCUACAUUGAUCAGUCCAUUGAGUAAGUUUUCCGUUGUACAUAUGGUUCAGAUAUUGUAUUUUUUGUUUGUGCAAAAUGCUGAUAGUAAAAUACGAAACUGUUACUGGCAAAAGAGCAUUCACUUUGGCGCGUAGAUUGCAAUAAAGACCAUAAGCGAAUUAUUCCUAUAACAAUGUUGAACAAUAAACUACCGAAACGCAAAAGUCUAGGAAGCAAAUUAUGUGUGUUAAUUCAGAUAUGUAUUACCUAAAAGAUUUGAGAAGAUAUAAAUCUGUUGCAGCGUCAGUAAAUGCGAAUUAUUUGUGUAAAUAAAGAAUGAUACCAUUCCAUGAAGGGA